AUGAAAUUAUAUCAAGAUAGUUUAAAUCUUAUUGCUAAUAAUUUUAAUAUAAAUGAUUGUGUUGGAAUUGCAAUUCAUACGGUUGAUAAAACAAAUACCGAUCCAAAACAUUUACCAUGUUUAAUUAUUGAAAAAAACGAAAAAAAUAAUGUUUCUUUGUAUAAAUUAAUUUGUCAAUAUGGUAUUUCACAAAACACAUUUGAAGCCGGGCAAUUUAUGAAUUUAAAAGAUGCUUGUUCCAAUGAAUUGAAACAAACUGGUGUUAGUACUUUAAAGCCAAUCGCCAUCAUUGAAGAUUCAAAACUUUAUUCUCGUGGUUCUACAACUGGCCGAACUUGUAAUUGUCAGGGCAACUGUGCAACAAAAUCAUGUUCAUGGGUAGAUUUUUUCUCUUGGCCCGAUCCCAAUCCCCGUGAUGUUAGUUUUUCGGGUCCCGGUAAUAGUUUCGAUCAAGAGAAAACUAUUCCAAAAUUUAUUCGUAUCUAA